AUGGAUUCGUCUUCUCGUAUGGAAAAGGGCUGGCGAGGCGAGAAGAAGAAGACAGGAUGGGCUAUUGGCAAGAAGUCGGCCGAGACGGAAGGUCGAGCUGGUGUUAGGUGCCGAAAUGGUCAACCAGCCUCCUCUUCCCCGCAGCUAAAAUACAUCCCCGAUCUCUUGGAGGGCCUAAAUAUCGUGCUAGUUACUAGUGGCGAGGAUCUAGUGGCUGAACCUCUCUAG